UGACUUUGGACCAGAUUGUGUGUGGUCCGUCCCAUGUGGGAAUAGAUGUGACUUUUGGACCAGAUUGCAUGUGGUCCGUCCCAUGUGGGAUGAGAUGUGACUUUUGGACCAGAUUGUGUGUGGUCCGUUCCAUGUGGGAUUAGAUGUGACUUCUGGACCAGAUUGCAUGUGGUCCGUUCCAUGUGGGAUUAGAUGUGACUUUUGGACCAGAUUGUGUGUGGUCCGUCCCAUGUGGGAAUAGAUGUGACUUUUUGGACCAGAUUGUGUGUGGUCCGUCCCAUGUGGGAAUAGAUGUGACUUUUGGACCAGAUUGUGUGUGGUCCGUCCCAUGUGGGAUUAGAUGUGACUUCUGGACCAGAUUGCAUGUGGUCCGUCCCAUGUGGGAAUAGAUGUGACUUCUGGACCAGAUUGUGUGUGGUCCGUCCCAUGUGGGAAUAGAUGUGACUUUUGGACCAGAUUGCGUGUGGUCCGUCCCAUGUGGGAAUAGAUGUGACUUCUGGACCAGAUUGUGUGUGGUCCGUCCCAUGUGGGAUUAGAUGUGACUUUUGGACCAGAUUGUGUGUGGUCCGUCCCAUGUGGGAUUAGAUGUGACUUUUGGACCAGAUUGCGUGUGGUGUGUGAGCUCUGAUAGUUUAGACUGCUUUUUUAGAAUAGAAUAGAAGAUAACUUUAUUUUUCUCAAGAGGCAACGUGGGUUGAGGCAUUCGGAUAUUCACAGGUGUUUGUCUGUGUGUUUUAGACAGACAAGUGUUGGAAGAGAUACAUCCAAGGCCUGAUUUUCAGCUGUUUUCUCUGUAGUUCAGAGUGAAUGUGGUGUUAAUUAAAGGCUCUUGUGGCUCUAUUUGGCCAGUUGCUCGUUUAUAAGCUCUGUAAAAAAGGACUGCAGUUUGUUUAGAGAUAUAGCUUUGGCAUGGUAGAGGUGGAUAAUCACUAUAUGGCUUAUAAUUGUAAACUUGAAUUUGUGUUGUAGUUUCACAGUUUACUUCAAACGGCUUAUGGAUUGUUUGAUGUUAUUCCAAUAGAUUUGUUGAGAUUCAACUAUAUACAAAGGAAAAUCCAAUUGGGUAUUUUCAUACAUUCUGAACAUGCAUUUUGUGAAUGUCAGCGGUAUUUUGUGAAAGGACCUAUUUUGGUGCCAUAAUCCUUAUGGACUCCUGCGUGACCAAAGAUUUCAGGAAAUGAGAGUCUUGUUGAUUUGCUAUCAACCUUGGGACGGGUUAUAUUGUACAGAUUCAAAGACAUUCAUUCAAGAGGAAACAACCCUUCCCCCUUUAACCAGCAGGAAUUAUCCUCUUGAUGUUGUUGGACUGCUGUGUUACAUUUGGCUAAACGGAUCCAAGCAAAUUAUUGAUCAGGUUAUUGACCAUUCAUUAUCUAAUGUCUGUUGCAUUUCUUUUUGAUAUGCAAUUGCGCAUGACUUGCAUUGGAUCAACCUUGAAAUCUUUGGUUUCUACCCCGCCCCGACCCCAUCCACCCCCCCCCCCCCCACCACCACCAAAUUACAUAAAAUAACAACAGGUCAAAAUGAAUAAACUGUUUCCUGUUUGUUCAUCUCUUGACACAGGAAGUAAAACAAAACAACAGGCCAAAAUGUCUGAUAAAAAGAUGACAGCGAGCCGUAGGAACUACCUGAAGAGCUUGAUGCUCCAGAUCGCUGCCGGCUUGCUCGAGGCUGAGGCGGUCGAGGCUGAGGCAGAGAAGGCCAGGUACAUGAAGGAGAACUGCCCUGUCCCUGAAUUCUUGGUAUGCAUGGCAGAGCUCACGGACUUGUGCAAGAAGCUCCAUCAGAAGAUCGAGAGGGUUGAUGAGGAGAGAUACGACAUGUCAACCAAGGUGACCAAGUCCGAGAAGGAGGUUGAGGACUUGAAGAUGAAGGUAGUUGAACUGAAUGGUAAGUUCAGGAAGCCCGUCCUGAAGAAAGUCCGCAUGUCUGCUGAUGCUAUGCUCCAGGCUCUGCUGGGCUCCAAACACAAGGUGUCCAUGGAUCUGAGGUCCAACCUGAAGCAAGUCAAGAAGGAGGUCAAGGAAGAGGACAAAGAUGCUGUGGGUGACUGGCGUAAGAACAUCGAAGACAAAUCAGACAGAAAGAAGAUGUUUGAGACUCAUAAGGAGUAGAUGUUACUGGAGAUCCAGACAGGAAGUAGUUUGAGACUCAUAAGGAGUAGAUGUUACUGGAGUUCCAGACAGGAAGUAGUUUGAGACUCAUAAGGAGUAGAUGUUACUGGAGAUCCAGACAGGAAGUAGUUUGAGACUCAUAAGGAGUAGAUGUUACUGGAGAUCCAGACAGGAAGUAGUUUGAGACUCAUAAGGAGUAGAUGUUACUGGAGAUCCAGACAGGAAGUAGUUUGAGACUCAUAAGGAGUAGAUGUUCCUGGAGUUC